AUGAUUACUCAGACUGACUGUGCUGAUGACCUGAUGUCUGACGAAGAUGCUCUUUCCACUACUCAAAGUUCAGAUGAGGAACUGAUUGUUACGGAUGUCGUGGCCUUACCUCACUCACCCGACAAGCUUGGGACAGCCCGAAAACAUGGGCAAAGAGAUGGUGUAGGAGAAAUAACUGAUUUUUCCAAGCAAUAUGCUGGCUCAGUUGAAACUGUCAAAAGAUCAGACUUGUAUAGAGCAGGAUACACCGAGGACCCACAAUCAGGUAUUGAUAAGCCCAUGUUUAAUAUGGUUGUUUCCCAUACAAGAUUUGUAGAUUCAAGCACUGUCCAACAAGAAAUAAGCCCAAGCCAAUUCAACCAAGAAACACCUUUUGGCUCUCGGGGAAGACAGACUCUGGUUUUAGAUGUCCAUAGAAGAUUGAUGGAUGCCAGUGGACAACCAGGAGAUCGAUCUGAUGAUGAAAUGAGAAUUACUGAUAUUAUAACUCUACCAACAAUGAAAACAGCAACCCUGGCAGAACUUGAGUCUGACAAGAGCCCAAGCAUCACAGAGAUAAAUUCGUCAGAUAAACUCAACAUUUCUGUUACUGAUGUCAAUGAUUCUGUAGGUAGAAAUAUAAAACAAAAAAAGAUGUCCAGCAGGGAGACAGACAAUGUCACCAGG